CUUGCAUUUCACUAGACUAGAUUGUUUAUUUUAUUUAUAAUUAUUAAUUUGCUGUGUUUGGGUUAUUCAUGGUAUGCCUGAUUCAGAUGCUUGCAUGCCUGCAUGGUGGUUUUGGGUUGUUUCUAGGUUCUAAUAAUAAUAAUAAUAAUAAUAAACCUAAUUCAACUUUCGAUGACGUCACCCGGAAAGCUGCUGCAUUAACCAAUCACAUGCGUGCAAAUGCGCAUUCUGGUGUAAUACUUUGCAACGUGGACGUUGUUUUCUGCUGUUUACCUCAAGAUCAUCACCAGUUAAGAUACGAGUCUUUUACAGGAUUUUAUAUAAUGGCUAAAACAUUUGAACAUGUGAAAGCAGCUAUCCAGUCACUUCAUAAAAACACCACUUCAGAAGAAAAAGUGAACUUCUACAACUCCUGGGCAGAGAACUAUGAUCAGGAUGUGGUUGUUCUGGAGUACCGUGCCCCAAGUGUGGCGGCAAAUACCGUGUCUUCCCAUUUCAGUGGUGAUCGUGAUGCAGCUGUCGUGCUGGAUGUGGCCUGUGGUACAGGAGAGGUGGCCAGACAGAUGAAGAGUCAUGGAUUUGGACAUUUCGUGGGUAUUGAUGGAAGUGAGGCUAUGUUGAAGGUGGCCAGAGAGAGUGGGUUGUACCAGGAGCUGAAGCAGUGCAUGAUGGGAGAGGAGCCACUACCUGCCCAGUGGGUGUUCUCUUCAUCUCUUUCUGCAGAUUCGUUUGAUGUGGUUGUGAUUACCGGAGCACUGUGUGCUGGUCAUGUCCCAUUCGUUGUGGUCAGAGAGUUGUGCAGAUCCACAAAACCAGGUGGCUACGUUUGCAUGACAACCGAAAAUGACGAUUGCAAUGUGGACUACAAAGCUGACCUGGAGCGUGAGCUGAAGCAGCUGGAGGAAGAGGGGCUCUGGAAUUGUAUAGAGGCCACUGAGGUGGAGAACUGGGAGAGAGCGCUGGCAGACCAGGAGGACGGCUACAUAUCUGGUGCCGUGUACCUGUAUAAGAAACGACAACAAUAGCAUAGUGCAUGACAUUUUACAGGUGGCAUCACACCAGCAAAUGUACAAAACAGCAUUAUCCAAAAUGUGAAACUGAAUCACUGAUAAUUUAAGAGUUGAAAUUAAUAUUCAUGAUUACAUAUUUCAGUUUCAUAUUUAACAUCUGCAUUAGAUGCAUAAGCAUAAUGAAGUAGAAUUGGUAUCUGAAAAAUGUGCUUGUUGUUCAUAUUGUAAAGAUUUCUACAGGUGCAUGUCAUCUUGUGGAUAAGAACUAAAGUGUCCCUCACACAUGCAUUAAAUAUCUACUGCACAUUCACCAAACAAACAGGCUACUUAAUAAUGAAUAGGAAUCCUGCACUUUGUAAUUUAAGAUUUCACAUAAAUCUUAGGCCACACUUUUUAAAUCUAAAGUCAUUUUUGGUUGCUUGAGAUUUGAUUUUAAGUCCACUUUGAGUGUGUUGGAUUGACCAGGUCAACCUUCUAACCAUCAUCUGUAGAACCGUGCUGCUAACAUAACCAACAAUCACUGCAUUAAAGUAACUACUUCGGAGUAUUAUCUAGUUCUUAUGACUUACUAUCAUAUAGUUAGGCUACAAAAAAAAAAAAAAAAAAAAAAAAAAAAAAAAAAAAAAAAAAGGAGCUCAGGAACCUGUGAGAAAACAUUUCAUAAUUACAAGAUAAAGUACGAUUAAUAGUG